AUGUCUAUGUUCUUCAAAGCUCCUUUGGACAUCGAGAUUAGAUUGGAUAACGAGGACACACGGAAACAUGUCGAUGUUAAGACUCCGCAGGGACGGUUGGAGAAACUUCCUAUUUACAAAGAUGGAGAGUCUGUGAAGGGAACAGUUACAAUUAGAACCAGGGAAGGGAGGAAAGUUGAGCAUUUGGGCGUUCGGGUACAGUUGCUUGGGUCAAUUGAAACAAAUACAGAUAGCGUAGUUUCGGAUGACUUUUUGUCCAUGGCGACAGAAUUGGCAGCUCCAUCACAGUUGAUGCAUCCUGAAACAUAUCCAUUCGAGUUUAAGAAUGUCGAGAAACAAUACGAAAGUUAUAGAGGGAAAAAUGCCCGAUUGCACUAUUAUGUCAAGGUUACGGUGUCAAGAAAGUCAGCCACUGAAAUCACAAGAGAGAAGGAACUUUGGGUUUACCAGAUAACCGCGCCAGCCAACCAAUCUACCUCUGAACAGGGAACGGAUGCGAGAAAUAGCCAGAUUGCACAACCUACAACUGUCAAAAUGGAUGUAGGUAUUGAAGAUUGUUUACAUAUUGAGUUUGAGUACCUGAAGUCCCGUUUCUCUUUAAAAGAUGUGAUUGUGGGUAGAAUAUACUUCUUAUUAGUAAGAUUGAAAAUCAAGCAUAUGGAAUUAUCUUUAAUUCGGAGAGAAACUGUUGGAGCACCACCCAAUCAAAUUACAGAUAGCACUACCGUGGUAAGGUUCGAGAUCAUGGAUGGUGCACCUGUCAAGGGAGAAACAAUACCUAUACGUUUAUUCUUGGGUGGCUUUGACUUAACACCAACUUAUAAGGAUGUGAACAAAAAGUUCUCCUGCAGAACAUACUUAUCAUUGGUGCUAAUCGAUGAGGAUGCUAGACGUUACUUCAAACAGAGUGAGAUUAUCCUUUACAGAGACCUGUAA